AUGGAUGAUACUGAACGUCGCACAGCAAAGCGUUCGCGCUUCGAUCAAAAGGAGCCUGAGCCGAAGAGAACCUCAAGGUUCGAUAGACGUUCGCGAUCACCACCUGCGAGAAAGGCAGAUGCAAGACGAAGCAGGUCUCCCCUUGGCCGUCGUUCUUCUCGCAGCCCGGCUCCCGAAUCUGCAAAGAAAGGAGGUGCAGAUCCAGCAGCAGCAGCAGCUGCCGCUGCUGCAAAAAUCAAUGCACAAAUCCAAGCUAAGAAAGGUAUUCAACAUGCCGAUGUGCCACCUAUUCGCGCAGCCGAAAGCCCAGUCGGAAAGUCAGCAUCUCCAGGAGCCGGAGCAGGUAACAGCGCAAGCAAUAUAAAUGGUGAGAUGUAUAUCGCAGAUGGCGAUUAUAUCAAAGACAUUGAAGUCAACGAUUUGCGAAACCGUUAUACACUGACUAAAGGCUCUACUCAAAAGAUGAUUAAGGAAGAAACCGGCGCUGAUGUCACCACGCGAGGAAAUUACUACCCGGAUAAAAGCAUGGCUACGGCUGCUAAUCCCCCAUUGUAUCUCCAUGUUACAAGUCAAACAAAGCGAGGCCUUGAGCAAGCCGUUCAAAAGAUUGAAGAACUAAUGAAGCAGGAGCUCCCUAACUUGGUUGACGAACGUCGGUUCCGUAGACGCGAGCCUGAGCAAGUUGAGAGAGACGAAUUUGGCAGACGCAAAUGGCCCGAGGAGAAGAUUCCCAUUGAUUUUGAACCUAUUCAAGGCUUUAACCUCCGUGCUCAAGUUGUUGGCCACGGUGGAGCUUACGUAAAGCACAUUCAACAGGAAACUAGAUGUCGUGUUCAAAUCAAGGGACGUGGUUCUGGUUUCAUGGAACAUGGCACCGGUCGUGAGAGUGAUGAAGAUAUGUAUCUUCACGUCGCUGGCCCAGAUCCGAAUGAGGUACAAAAAGCCAAAGAGCUCUGUGAGGAUCUUCUCAAGAAUGUUCGAGAGCAAUAUGAAGAGUUCAAGGCUCGCCCACCUCAACAACGUGGUUAUGGCGGUCAAACCGGCUAUUCAGGAGAGCGAGGCUACGGAGAUCGCGCCCCAGACAGGUCUAACUCGUACGGUGGUGGUGGUGGAUACAAUAACUACAACAAAUCACCAGCUCCCAACACUCCUAACGCGGCCAGUCCUUCAACCCCUGCAGACUAUGGAGCCCAAGCUGCUCAAUACUAUGGUUCAAAUGCUGAUCCUUAUGCUCAAUACGGUGGGUAUGAGGCAUAUGUUCAAUAUUAUCAACAGUACAUGGCAGCUAUGACUCAAUAUCAACAGCAACAACAAGGUGCUCCAGGCUCAGGUCCUCCACUACCUCCUAACGAGGCGCCCCCACCUCCACCACCCGGUGGAUCGGCUCCUCCCCCACCAUCAGGUCCACCACCAGGAAGUAAUAAUGGCUACAGUGCCGUUCCACCUCCACCUGGUUUUUAA